AAUACAUAACAAUAAAAAUAAUGGUCGAACAUUACAGUUUCUCGGACUCGAUAGUGGCAUUUUUAUAAUUUAAUGUUGUGAUCAAAUUAUCUUCAUCACUCACAAUGGAACAUGAAGAAACACUAGAUUCUGAACAAUUAAAAAACACUCUAGAAACUUAUAGAAAAUUAGCUAAUGACUUUAUGAACCACGAUACUAUUUUAAAGGAUAAGACAGUACUAUCAUACUUAGCUUAUGUUCUGGAGACACCUGAUACUGAGGUCGUUGAAAUAGCUUUGGACAUUCUCGAAAUAUUUACAAAAAAUGUUGAAAAUUACAUUCAUAUAACCUCCACUUUUGGAGUUAGAGAAGCACUUGAAUCUGUAAUAAAUAAAUAUUGUUUAGAAGCACCUUAUAUUGCUAAUCAUGCACAAAAUGUUAAAGAUAAUAUUGAACGUAUGAAACCACCUAUUUAUAAUUUAAGAAGCAGAUGUAGAAGAGUUAUUGAACCAAAGAAACUCAAAACUCAUGUUAUUGUUCUUCACGUCAGUGGUUUGUUACCGGAAACCCGAACUGAAUUAGAAGCAACAUUAGUUAGAGUUGAAGGUUUAAUUUCUUUGGUUGUAGAUGUUGAACACCAACGAGUUACUAUGAGAACAUUAGCUAAUGUUACGCCUAAAUGUAUUGCCGAGGCAAUCAGAGACAAUAUCCCUAAUAUGGAAGCUAGACUAGUCAUGAAAAAUAAAUUUAAUCAAGAAUUCCUUGUUAAAUUGUUGAACGUUGAUAACGGUGACUGUGAACAAUUACCUGAAUACUUACCCGAAGAAGAAGAGGACGAUAAUCAAAAAGAAGGCGUUGUUUCUCUAUUUUCUGGUUUAAAACAAAGCGCUUCAUCUUUAUAUAAAUCUACUGCUGAAUUUUUACAUAAUUCCUUUUAUUGGUGAGCUUUUAUUAUUUUUAAAAUCUAGUUAUUUAUCAGAAUCUCGACAGCCAAUCUUUGCCAACUUUUCAAACUCCCUAUUGUAUUAAAUUAUUAAAACUUCAAACAUACAUUUUUCUGUAACAAAAAAAAAAAACAAUAAUAUGCGUUACAUAUUAGAACAACAUAUUUUCUCGUCCCUCGAGAAUAACUAAUAUAGAGAAUGGCAAGAGAAAAAUGUAGACAAAUUUUUAAUCUAUUUAUUUCUCGUAAUUUCUUCAUCCGUCAUUGUUUUGAAAUUUUUAUUAUAGUAUUAUCAUUACUGGAGAAUUAAUCUCAUUAUUUUAUUGUCAUAUAAAUAAAUCACGUUCAUCUUUUAUGUAUAUUAAGAUAGUUCAUUCAGUAAUGGAAUUUGUUAUUACUAAUUGAAAAUUUAUUUUGACUUAUUCGCCUUUAUUUGUUACAUUUCUUUUUUGUUAUUUUAAUAAACUAUUCCAACAAAUUAUUUACAACCAUGACUGGAUAAACUGCAUUAAUAAUAUACCUAUAAGGCUGUGUAAGAUUAUGAAGCACAUUGUCAUUUAUUUUGCUGUAAAAAAAAGACAUUUUAUCAAUGUAUUUAUUGUAAAUUAACAUACUCUAUUGUACGAUAAGAUUUUAUAAUCUCUUGAUUGUUAUAAAAGUUUUCCCAAUCAUUUUGAGUAAAAAAUAAUUUUAAACCAAAAAAAAAAAAAAAAACUAUAUUACUAAUUAUUUUUUAGUAGCUCAGGGACUGAGAAAAAAUUUAAUAUACUUUGUAGUGGUAAAGAAAUUUUACUCCAUACAUUAUAUGAAAUAUAUUUGUUUAUAAUUAUCUACAUAUUUAAACGUUUAAAUUAUAAUAAAAAAAAAAGACGAACCA